AUGCUCUUCUGUCUGCUGGUCUUCAUGUUUACUGCAGCCCCCAAAGGUGCCCUUUGUGACAUAAAGAUGGUGGCAUCUGGUCCCACGGAGAGGAAGGUCUCUGGAUUGCUCCCACUUAACUGCACUAUAACAGGAGCACCUCUGGAUAGCCAUCGCUAUGACUGGAACUAUGUCCGUCAGACUGCGAGUGGAGAGCUACAAUUCGUUGCCUGGAUCUAUCCUUUUGGGAAUAACACAGGCCAUGCCCCACGCUUUCAAGACCGAGUCACUAUCACCGCAGAUAAAGCCAAAAAGCAGGUCUCCCUCCAGCUGCAUGCCCUGACAGCCACAGAUACAGCGACCUAUUUCUGUGCCAGGCAGCACACUGUGACACCAAUGGAAGGAAGGACUGCACAAAUAGUGGGAGGGCUGCUUGGUAACCGAGCAGAGAAAAAGCGGAAGACAAAAUCCAAAGACAGGAAAGAGGAGUAUCACCUGGCACUGAAAUAUAGGCACAAAUGUUUUUGUAUAACUGCUGAUCACUGUGUGGAACCAUUUCAUGGAGGCUUUUCUACGCUUCUGACUUGGAGAACACGAAUUCUCCUCACCAUCAUAGGAAACCUAACUGAAUGCAUUCAUUUCGAAGAACUUGGAGUGACAACAGACAAGCUGGUAUUUGGAAGUGGAGUCACCAUCUCUGUUGAGCCAAAGAAUCAAGCAGAGUCUGCCCUGGAAGUCAUUGCACUUAAAUCAAGGAAAAGCAACCAGUACAGUAGUAAAGUGAAUGUGGCUUGUUUGGCAAGGAAUUUCUACUCGAAGAACAUCAGCCUUGAUGCACCCAAAGGUGACACUGUAUAUGACCUGAAGGAACCUCUUGUCACAUCAGAGGGGACAUACAGUCUCAUGAAGAUAGUUGUGGUGGAACCAGAUACAGAGGUGACCUGCAAGGCUCUGCGUGAGGGGAGCAAGAUUGCAGCCAGCACAACCCUUCCAGCAAAGAAAGCUGAAGAACUGCUAACAGUGGAUGCUUGCAACAUUAUAAACUUCUCUUCAAAAGGUGCCAAAAUGGAGAAGGGGAAUAUGCUGUUCAUGACUGUAUUGGGUUUGAGAGUCCUGCUGACCAAAAGCAUCGCCUUUAAUGUGCUCAUGACUCUCCGGCUGUUGCUCUUCUGA